CCAAAGUGCUGGAGGGAGGGGGCGGGGGUGGCCCAGUGCAAAGUGCAUCCCGAAAGCCCCCUGCCUGGAGCCCCCGCGGCUGGCACUUGGGACCCUGUAUGACCCGGGACCUCGCUGCCCCGAGACCUCCUGUGCCCCCAGUGGCUGGGAGCCUCCGGCCCGGAGCGCGGCAGCCCCCUGCUCUGAGCCUUCAGACCGGGACUGCCCCCCCACCCGAGCCGGGACUUCCUCCCUGCACCCCUGCCCCGAGGCUGCCCGGCGGCCAGCACCGCCGCCUCAGGUCGGCUCGGCUGUGUGGAUGCUGGCCGGACUGGGGCCGUGAGGCACCGAGGAGGACCAGGAACAGCCGCGUCCGGCCCUGCCUGGGCUGUUUCUUCAAUGGAGAAGUUGGUGAGUGUGGAGGAGGCUGAAAGGAGGAAGAGAAGCAGCAGCUGAGGAGACAGGUUUGAGCUGGCUUGAGGAGGCGAGAGGGCAGGAAGGGUCUACCACCAGAGAAGCAGCAGAGAGCCUCUGACCAGCAUCCUCCAUAAAGGUUUGGAAAGAGCUCAUUGCCACCAGAAUCUGCACACACUCUGAACCCCCUGCUCACGAUGCUGUAUGUGCACAAUGGUUAUUAGGCAAUCUAUGUAUCAGGAGAAGGGGCAUUCUUCUGUAAGGUAAGUGAGGGUCACGGGUCAUCUGUGCUGUGCUAGGGGAGAACCCAGUUAGCUUUUAUUUUUCUUCUUCAGAUCACUAAAUACAGCACUUGCUAAAAGAAAAUCCAGGUUUGUUUUGAUAUUGUUUGAAUCUUUUUUUCUUGGACGGUAUACCUUGUUUAAGUGCCAAUGUAAUCAUCUCAUUAAAAAAAAAAUUGUUAAAGAUGGUUGUUUUAGUAUAUGGUAGUAGUUUCUGUUAAUUCCUUCUAAUGAUCUUCAUUUUCCCUUACAAUGUUAAAAUCGAGCAAAAACCACUCCAAGAGGAUUCUUGGUUUUAAAAUUUCUAAGACAAGAGACUUAAUUUUAGUGUCAGUUGAAAAAGUAAUUAAGUGGAGAGUAAGGAGAAAUCAUGUUUAUUAAGAAAACAAAUUGCCAGGAAAUUUUCUCAUUUCCCAAUUUUCUCUGAGGAAAUAGCUCUUUGUAGCAGUAGCCUGAUUUAAAUUAUAUUACUUAGUACUGAUAAUUAGGAGUUUGUUAAUAACUAUUUUCUGUGUAUAAAACAAGGUAGGAUAUUUGACUAUACCAUUAAGCUGUGAUAAUAUGACCUAAGAUAGAGGCUUAAGUUGACCUUUGUGCAGUCUUUGACAAGAAGUUUUACAAGGUAAAUUAUUAUUGGUAACAAGAUUAUCCCAAGAUGUCUAACCUACAUAUGGGACCAGAAUGUCUUUAAAGGACUUUCACAUAAUUUUUUUUUUUUUAUUUUUAGAAGUGGAAGCUACUAAUUAGGAGGUGAGUUUAAACUGUUCCUUAAAGUUGGCCCAGAUGGAGUGGCUACCUAGAAGCAUGUUAGUUUAAGCUUCUGUAUGUAUUUCAAAGCUUAAACAUGCACUAAAAAAGUUUUUUUAUAUAUAAAAUGUAACUUUUCACUAGUUCAUUUUGGACUUUUCCUUUUUGUGUGAAGGAGAUCUCAUUUUAUAUUGUGUUUGGGUACACACCUCUUUUGUGACUUAUUAGUGUGGGAAUUCAGUAUGCUUUUUUUUUUUAUGUGACUAAUCAACAGGUUGAUUAGAUUUCAUUAGUUUUAAACAUUUUGUAUGAUCUUGCUGUUGAUUAUUUGUAGAAUAAAACUUUUGGAAAACUGAAACUAGGAAAGUGAGGCAGUAAAAGAGUAGUAAAUCAUGUACCGGAUCACAUAAAGUGGGGGAGGAUAGAAAGACAAACAGAUAAAAACAAAAGGAAAGGAAAUAUAAUCUACAAACUUUUCUCUAAUUAAAGCCUUCCCACUCCCCCCGCCCUUGGGGCUAAAAAUAAAAUAUUGUUCAAAUACUUGAGGGUACCAACCUAAAGUGUUAUGGUUUUUUUUUUUUUUUCCCUUUUUUUUUUUUUUGUCUUUUUGCCUUUUCAAGGGCCGUUUCCUCGACAUAUGGAGAUUCCCAGGCUAGGGGUCUAAUCUGAGCCAUAGCCACCAGCCUAGGCCAGAGCCACAGCAACUUGGGAUCCAAGCCGCGUAUGCAACCUACACCACAGCUCACGGCAACACCGGAUCCUUAACCCACUGAGCAAGGGCAGGGAUCAAACCCGCAACCUCAUGGUUCCUAGUCGGAUUUGUUAACCACUGCGCCAUGACGGGAACUCCUCAACCUAAAGUUUUUUUGCUUUUUUAAGAAUUUUAAACAGCUUCCCAUGGGUUGAAGUUCUUUCGUCUUCCUAGUCUACGAAUUGUCCAAUUGAUACUCGAUAUCUGCUCACUGAUAGUGGUAGAGUCCUUGAAAGGUUUAUAAUUUGAAUUUCCUCUGUGUGUGCAUCAGGUCAACCUGAACCCCUAAGACAAGUGCUCACUUGCUUCCUCUCUUGUCUCCAUCUUUAGCUGCCCAGAAUCACCUUCCAUUUUAUCUAAAAUAAAUGUGGUGUUCAUUGAUCUUUGUGUUUACAAAAAGCCGUAGAAGACGUAUUCUGUUUUUGGCUAUUUAGCACUUUAUGCCUCACUCUCUUUUUGAAAUCUUGUAUAAUCUUAGAGAAAUGCCUGAAAGUUUUGGUUAUAACAGAUACAUGUUAAUUAAUUGUACUAAUAUGAACUGUUGCCACUAGGGUUUACAUGAUUUAGCAGUGGAAAGUUCUGUGAUAUUUAAUGAGUACACUAUCAGUGGUUAAGUAUUCUAAAUUCUCCUUUUUAUUAUAUAUUCUCCCUACCCUUCAAGGCUGAUCCCUGUAACCUAAUGAAUCCUUUGUAAAAAGUGGACUCAGCUAGGAUGUUACACCACCAUUGUCGAAGGAACCCUGAACUUCAGGAAGAGUUGCAGAUCCAGGCUGCAGUGGCUGCCGGGGAUGUCCACACAGUACGAAAGAUGUUAGAACAAGGCUAUUCCCCCAAUGGCCGGGAUGCUAAUGGCUGGACCCUGCUUCAUUUCUCUGCAGCAAGAGGAAAGGAAAGAUGUGUUCGAGUAUUUCUAGAACAUGGAGCUGAUCCCACAGUGAAGGACUUAAUCGGAGGCUUCACUGCUCUUCACUACGCAGCCAUGCAUGGCCGGGCCCGGAUUGCACGCCUCAUGUUGGAAUCCGAAUACAGGAGCGACAUCAUUAAUGCCAAAAGCAAUGAUGGCUGGACCCCCCUGCAUGUGGCAGCCCACUAUGGUAGGGACUCAUUCGUCCGACUCCUCCUGGAGUUCAAGGCUGAGGUCGACCCACUCAGUGAUAAAGGCACAACACCGCUUCAGCUUGCCAUUAUCCGGGAGAGGUCGAGCUGUGUGAAGAUCCUCCUGGACCACAAUGCCAAUAUCGACAUUCAGAACGGUUUCCUGUUGCGAUACGCUGUGAUCAAAAGCAAUCACUCUUAUUGCCGAAUGUUCCUUCAAAGAGGAGCAGACACAAACUUGGGUCGCUUAGAAGAUGGACAGACGCCAUUACAUCUGUCUGCCCUUAGGGAUGACGUGCUUUGUGCGCGGAUGUUAUAUAAUUAUGGAGCGGACACGAACACAAGGAACUAUGAAGGACAGACCCCACUGGCUGUUUCAAUAAGCAUUUCUGGAAGUAGUCGACCGUGUUUGGAUUUCUUACAGGAAGUCACAAGACAGCCCAGAAACUUGCAGGACCUGUGCAGAAUUAAAAUUCGACAGUGUAUAGGCCUUCAAAACCUCAAGCUACUUGAUGAACUACCAAUUGCCAAGGUCAUGAAAGACUACUUAAAACACAAAUUUGAUGAUAUCUGAUAUACACAGAACUGUGAGCAAGAUUAGGAGUUAUAUUCCAGAUACUUUAAAAGGCUUUUUGCCUUGCACAAAGUAUAUCCUAUGCAAUUUCUGAUUUGCUGUGAAGUCAGAAAGCAGGUAUACACUUUUAGGUUUUUUUUUUGUUUGGUUGGUUUUCAUUGUAGGGGAGGGAUUUUUAUACACACACACACACACACACACACACACACACACACACACACACACACUCACCCCACAUGCUUGAAGGUCUUAAUUUGGUUUCUUGGUCCAAGUUUAAGAGGUCCAAGCUUUCUAUACAAUAUUGCAUUUAAAAAAAAUUGUUUUUUUCAAAAUGACACAAACGGGUUUGGGUUGGAGAAUUUACCCUUUCCAGAUUUAUGGUUUCAUCGGUGGGCACGAUAUUUUAAACCAGCAGAGCACUUGUUAAAGUUUGGAGGCACAGUUUCACCCAGGGGGUCCUGGGUUCUACUGAAAAAUGCCCUAAGAAAUUUUUUAAGUAAUGCUGUCACCUCAUUCAUUUUUAAUGAGUACAAAUUGGCUGUUUCAAACUGUUCUUUUCCUAAUUAAUGUAGCUUUCGGAUGACAUAAAUCCAGUACCUCUGCUUUCCUGUUGGUGUGCUCUUGUUUUUAACUUAUUUUUUAACAACUGUAGUACACUACCCAGAGACGUUGGGUCUCAUUUUCUGUCUCUAGUUGAAUUGUGCUUUUAAAAAAUUAAUGGGAAAGAAAAUAACUUUAUAAAGCCAGUGUAUUCUGUUUUUAAAACAGUGCCUCUAGUGCAAUACUCUUUCUGGUGUAUUUUAUCCAUUAUUUCACUUAUUGUUCCUCAUUCCACAACCGGCUUUGAUGCCUGUGAGAACAGGAACCGCCACUUUAAUUUUAAUUGCAGAACCAUAGUAUGUCCAUUGCAGUUUCUAUUUUAAGCUUUGUCUUUUACUUUACUUUAUAGCAGAAAAUUUCAGAUCCUGGUGGUAGAGUAUUUCCUAAAAAUAGCCCCAAAUAUUGUUAAAUCAUUUGGCUUUAAUGGUUAAAUAAUUGGGGGUGGUUUCGUGGUGUUUUUUCCUUUCCAGUUAAAAUAAAAUUUCUAAAGGGUAAAAUUUCUAGUGGGUGCACAUUUGUAAGUCUGGUUAAUUCCUGAUAUGCUAAUUAAGCAUUUCCUAUCUAUUUUAAGAUUAAACAUGGUGAAGCUCUUCAAAACAGUUACGUUCUGGGUUGAUUGGCAGGUGUUUGCAGUGUAACCAGAGAUAUGAUAAAGUGUCGAUAACAGUGGUUCCAGAGGCAGUAGGGGGUCUAUGGUGUUGUCCUUGGAAAUGAGUUCUGUGCUUGAUUUGUCAUCAUAUUAGUUUCAGAAGAAACUUGAAAAAUACCCCAGUAUUAUUCUUAGUGCUUUGGGAAAUUUCAGAAUAUUUAACACUAGUAAUAAAUUUGUUAUCAGAAGUUUACAAGAUGAAGGGCUUCUCUUAUGUGAAUUUCUAGUUUUAAGUCACUAACUAUAAACUUGAUAUUUCACGUGAAAAGUACAACUAAGCAGAAUUUGGAGUCUACUCUGGCUUACCCUUUUUCAGAGCCAGCAGCGAUACUUUCUCAAGCACAAAGUUUGUUCCCUGGGAGUGCAGAGUAGCUGCGGCAUCAGAGUGUCUGGUUUGCUGGGCCUGAGCUGGGUGCCAGUUUCUGCAAAACAGACAGCUUCAGAAAGAGGAUGGCAUGGGGGAGGGGGUCAUGGAUGGGAUAUGCAGACCAUUGCAGAGAGCUGCUGAGAGUGUGGCUGCUGUUGUGACCACCCCAAACUGGAACCUGAAUGUGAUGGGUGGUCGUCUCUUUCCCCAUUAAAAAGAUCUACAAAAUGUUAUCUUCUGAGAGAGAGGCUGCUGUGAAGCUAGGAACUGAGCUGUGUUCUCAUUCUGUAAACCAAUACCCAGGUCUGAGCUAAUACACCUUCUCGGCACCAGGGACAUGCCAUAGCAAGAAAUGAAUUGAAUGUUACUUUUCCCUGCAACUCCAGGCCCAGGAAGGCGUGGAGAUGGGAGGCACGUGGGGUCCUGCAUUCUGAGCAGUGAUGUUAUGAUAUCUUUGCACAGGGCUUAUUUCCUCAUGUAUCUAUUAAUUUAGUCAGUUAGUUUAAAAUGAUUUUCUUUCCCCAGCCGUUCAGAGGUUUCCAAACCAAGCCAUUGAGUUUGUCAGGGAAUUCCAAAUAAAAGAUCAGAAGAAGGUAAAUUCUUUGUUCUGUAUUGCUGCUGUGACUUCAGAAAAAAAAUUAUGAGAAUUCUUCUUGGAAUCAAAAUUUCUAUUUAAUGAAGAAUUGUAUAAUUUCAUUAUUUAUUGUUUGAGGUUUGAUCUGGAAGUUUAAAAAGGAUGUUUUAUUUUUGCUGUUAAUAAAAUCCCAAUCGCAUAUCAUAUUUAACAAUAAUUAAAAUGUCUCAAAAUUGGUAAAUGGUGGAACACAGGGCGAAUGUGCAGGUCUGCAUUUGAGUUUGACAGAGAAGCAUUCUGUGGUCACAAAAUGAGAACAAGUAUGUUCAGAAAAAUUAGUGGAUUGGUUUUUCCAGAACCUUGACUGAAAUGUUCAGAAUAGUAUCAAAUUUGUCACUGAUCCUUCUAUGUUUCUUUUGAAAUUUAUUUAAGCCUACUACUAAACCUUUAUGAAAAUAUAUUUGGCAAGUACACCAAAGAAACCAGCUCAUAAAAGAUUAUGGUCAUUAACGAACUGCAAACCUCAUCUUUUGAAAACAGAAGAUUGUGUGUGUGUGUGUAUGUGCGUGUGUGUAAAUAUUUGUGUUUAUAAAUGUACAGCAGAGUAAGAGUUUUUUUAGAUUAUUUAAUUCCCAUAUUUCUAAACUAUUUACUACAGAAUAAUCUGUGCUUGUUAGUUUGGAGGAUUUGACUAUUUUGUUUUUUUUUUUAAUUCAUUAUCAGUCAUGCUUGGAACAGCAUUUCCGCUGGAGAAUUCAGUGUUCUGGCAGUAGCCAGAGUACACAUCUGGAGCGUGAGGGAGUCUAGCUUGCUUUGUCAGAUGCACACCCUGAGAGACAAGAAUGUGUAGUUUAAUCACCAGAGUGGACCAUACAAAAACUGAGAUUCUAACUCUCCUGCAGAAUUGUUCAUCAGCCCAGAAUGUGGUUGGGAUGAGGCCCUGUGCACACAAAUUUAGCUUUCCUGUAACUCCUAGUGCAUUAUAUCGUAAUGUAUUUUGUUCUUCCUUUGUAAUGUAAGUUUUGCUUUGGGUCAAUUUGAAUUAAAAAAAAAAAACACAAAACCUUAAAUCUGAUUUAAAAUA